AUUGAUAGAGCUUCGACAGGGAGAGAACAGUGUUAUGGUUCUCCGAGGAACCGAAGCCAAAGAACGGUUUGCUACUCCAUUUCCCAUUUUCUCCUCUCCACUGGGAGAGAAGGAGAGAGAAAAUCUCAAUCUCAAUCUAUGUUAUGCGGGAGACCUGAGUCGGUGUCGUCGUUGGACUAGUAAUGGUUGAAUCUGAAGAAUCCAACAUUUUUCAUGAAUCUAUUGCCGAUUCCGUAGCUGCGAUCUUGAGACGAAACCUCAAUAGCGAUCGCUUGAUGCGGUGAUUUCCAUUUUGAUUUUGAUUUGGUGUGGCGGUUGGUUGUUUUAUAUUGGUGCUGUUGAUUUGACGGAAAAUGAACGGUGGUGAUGGAGAGGUCGCGGCAGCUUCGGCGGGCCCACCACCGCUGCUCGAGUGGAAAUUCUCUCAGGUCUUCGGUGAACGCACCGCCGGUGAAGAAGUUCAGGAAGUUGAUAUUAUUUCUGCAAUUGAGUUUGAUAAAACUGGUGACCACCUCGCUACUGGAGACCGUGGGGGCAGAGUAGUGUUAUUUGAGAGGACUGAUACAAAGGAGCAUGGUGGAAGUCGAAGAGAUUUAGAGAGGAUGGAUUAUCCAGUUGGUAGGCAUCCAGAGUUCCGUUACAAAACGGAGUUUCAGAGCCAUGAGCCUGAGUUUGAUUAUCUCAAGAGCUUGGAGAUUGAGGAGAAAAUCAAUAAGAUUAGAUGGUGCCAAACAGCUAAUGGUGCACUCUUUCUUCUGUCCACUAACGAUAAAACCAUCAAGUUUUGGAAGGUUCAAGAGAAGAAAGUCAAGAAAAUCUCUGACAUGAACGUGGACACUUCCAAGGCUGUUGGAAAUGGCACUCUUGCCAGUUCAAGUGUUACUUCCAGUCCUAAGCAUUAUCUUGCAAAUGGAGGAUAUCCAGAUAAAUCUUACAAUGGUUUGAGCAGUGACAUUUCAAUCCCACCGGGUGGCCUUCGAUCAUUACGUUUACCUGUGUCUAUGUCUCAAUUAAAAUGUGUUUCUGCUUUCACUGACUGUCUGUCUAUUUUUCUCUUACUUUCUAGUGAUGGUGAAACUUUUAUAUCGGCUGAUGAUCUGCGAAUAAACUUGUGGAACUUGGAAAUCAGCAAUCAAAGCUUCAAUAUUGUUGAUGUGAAGCCAGCGAAUAUGGAGGAUCUAACUGAGGUGAUAACAUCAGCUGAGUUUCAUCCUACCCACUGUAAUAUGUUAGCAUAUAGUAGUUCGAAAGGAUCAAUUCGUCUUAUUGAUUUGCGGCAAUCAGCUUUGUGUGAUAGUCAUUGUAAAUUGUUUGAGGAGCAGGAAGCACCUGGUUCAAGAUCAUUUUUCACUGAGAUAAUUGCCUCAAUUUCAGAUAUUAAAUUUGGAAGGGAUGGAAGAUAUAUACUUAGUCGUGACUACAUGACCCUUAAGUUGGUAGCACGUGCUUCUAAUGUCAAGGUCCAAACGGUGGCUGUCCUGGAAUCCGCGGCAAUGCAAUUUGCCUUUGUUUAG